UCGCUUCCAUUACAUAUUCCAACUGUAACACCAAAAAAAAGAUAAAAAAAGAGAAAAAGACAGUCUCACACACACUCAUCGAACAAUGUAUCAAGAUCGUCAAGGCGUUAUAGGCGGUGGUGGCGGAUCUACGCCGCACGGUAUCAUACUCGCCGUCGUUGUCGCAUUGGUAGUGUUCGUUCCGUUCUUCCUCGGCGACGGCGGCGAAGCCAUCACAGAAGGGAUCGCUGAGCUUCUUAGUCCGGUGGGACUUCUCUUACUCCCCAUCGUGCUCCUCCUCACUAUACAGUUCCUCUCGUCGGAGCGCGGUUCCUUCGUGUCCGCCAUUUUCUCCACCGGAGAACCCGAGUCGAUUCACCGGGUUAGCGGAUCUCCUGUCGGCGUCGCGCUGUUCCUAGUCCUGAUCUUGUUCUUGCUUUACAACCGCUUCUCCAUCUUUGGUGGAGGUGAUGAUUCCGACGACUGAUGCGACGUCGUAUCAUCAGAUCUGUAGUUUUUUUUAUUUAUUUUGUUUCGAAAACAAUUAAUGGAUUAAUAUAUUUUAUUCGAUUUUUGUGUCUUUUUUAUUUUCUUUUGAUUUAUAUAACGGUUGAAGUCAAACUA